AUGUCAGCGCCUACCAUGGCAGCCUUUUCGCCAACGCUCGACCUCUCGCUCGGCCAGUAUGCCUCGAAUACCACCUUGACGAAGCCUCCCGGCCAUUCCGAUGACGAGUUGCGUAAUUGGUCGUCCCUGAUCGGAAUCGUCACGGCGAUUGUCGGAAAUGUCCUCAUCGCCCUUGCCCUAAACGUCCAGAGAUAUGCGCAUAUCAGGCUACACCGUGAGCGCCACAGGAUAAAAGAGCGGGUGAGGCAAGCAGAACGACAAGCGAAGCAAGCGGCUCCGAAUACUUCGCUCUACGGCGCCCUCGACGAUACCAGUAACGGCUCACCGGUCGAGCCUCUAUCCAAGAAUAGCCAAACCAGGCAUCACGAUGCUAACGGCAACACGGCAGGGUCUGGCACCCGCCGAGGGUCGGAGGCACGGCCUGGCCCCCUCUCCCGUUCCAGCUCGGAGGAGUCGGAAGCGGCGCCAUCUUCUUACCUUAGAUCGCCCUACUGGUGGUUAGGACAGGUUCUUAUCACGCUGGGCGAAAUGGGAAAUUUUCUGGCUUACGGGUUCGCACCCGCCUCCAUCGUUUCCCCGCUAGGCGUGGUCGCCCUGGUUUCCAACUGCAUCAUAGCCCCUAUGCUUUUCAAAGAAAAGUUCAGGCAGCGAGAUUUCUGGGGAGUUGUGAUAGCUGUUGGCGGGGUGGUUGUGGUGGUGUUUAGCGCGAACCAGCAGGAGGCCAAGCUCGACCCUCAUGACGUAUGGGAUGCAAUCACCACCCUCGAGUUCGAAAUCUAUCUCGCCGUAACCGUCUUCCUCAUCGUCUUCCUGAUGUGGAUGAGCUCGACAUGUGCCAACCGAACGAUCCUCGUCGAUCUUGGAUUGGUUGGCUUGUUCGGCGGAUACACUGCACUGGCAACCAAGGGUGUUUCGUCGAUGCUCUCGUCAACCCUAUGGAGAGCAUUUACGACCCCCGUCACCUACGCCCUUGUUUUUAUUCUUCUUGUAACAGCAAUCAUGCAAAUCCGCUAUCUGAACAAAGCACUGCAACGAUACGACUCGACCGAAGUAAUCCCCAUCCAGUUCGUCAUGUUUACUCUUUGUGUGAUUAUUGGGAGCGCCGUGCUAUAUCGGGAUUUUGAGAACACGACACUUAACCAGACGUUCCACUUUGUCGGCGGCUGUCUACUUACGUUCUUUGGAGUGUUUUUGAUCACCAGUGGGCGCCCUCCGCGAGACGAACCCGAAGAGGAGUUUUACCAAGACCUAGACGAUUCGGAAGAGGCUAUUGGCCUACUACACCAAGAUCAGUCGAUUCCUGGAAAUGGAGGGCAUCCCACCUCUGGGGACUCUGUUCGCUCUCGGCGAUCGUCCACGCGGUCUUCCCAGUCUCGGCGGAUCAGCAUCACCGAUGUUUUUGCUAAGCCUUUUACUAUCCAGCGGGACUCCGGCAUACCUAGCCUUCGAGCUCCGACAGGAGGACCUAAGCUGUCCUCGUCAAACGACGCCGAAAACGCAGCGUCUCACCUCUGGGCCGCACUAGAACCCGACGACACACUUCCUGGCCUGCACUCCCAAUCCAUACGAGAGGAUCCCAUCAUGCCGCGACUAUCGAGAGAAAAUUCGGCGACUUCAGAGAGGGCCCUCAUGGAGCCGUCAACGCCUCGUAGCGCCGCCGCGGGUCCGUUGCUACAGUAUACGGGUAGCGAGCAGCAGCAACCGCUACUCCCCCAAUCCACAACCCCAACGGCGCGACCAUACGCUGAGACGACACGGGAGAGCCCGAUGUUGCACAAGACGUCCUUGAGCCGUAUACGGUCAAGCAUCCGGGCAAGCUUAUACAUUUCUGACACUGAUGAAGAAGGGGAUGAACACGGCCGGGCUAGCGGGACGAGGAGGGAGCCGCUGUUUGGCGACCUUACCGAUGUUGAAGAGGGCGGCUCAUCUCUGGCUGGAGAGCGCCAUGCCAGCGAUGAUCCGAAGAGGAGAUCCCGGAGCUUAAGUGAUACCCUGAAUGAGCUUUUCAACAUCAAGAAGAAGAGGGAUGAGGAGCAAGGGGGUGACGAUGAGGAGGAAGAAGAUGGUGGCGACCACGGUGUUGGGGGACACAGGUGA